UGCGCGCCGCCUGGGAGGAAGAGCCGCCGCACGCGUGAUGUGUGGGACAUAAUGGUGGAUAGGUAGGGAACACAUUAUAGCUCGAUAAGAGUUGCACAUCAACUGUUGACCAAUUUCCAGUUGUUGUCUUGGACCCUUCGAUUCCUCUGACUCGAUAGCUGCUCGCUGCCUGCUCUGACUGAACGACGCCCUUGACCGCAACAAAAUGCCGAAUAUCAAAAUAUUCAGCGGUAGCUCACAUCCGGACCUGUCUCAAAAAAUAGCAGACCGCCUGGGUCUCGAGCUGGGGAAGGUUGUUACGAAGAAAUUUAGCAACCAAGAAACCUGCGUGGAGAUAGGGGAGAGCGUACGUGGGGAAGAUGUCUACAUUGUGCAGAGUGGCUGUGGGGAGAUUAAUGACAAUUUGAUGGAGCUGCUGAUCAUGAUCAACGCCUGCAAGAUUGCCUCUGCCUCCAGGGUCACGGCUGUCAUCCCCUGCUUUCCGUAUGCCCGGCAAGACAAGAAGGACAAGGUGGGGAGCCGCGCUCCUAUCUCUGCCAAGUUGGUGGCCAACAUGUUGUCGGUGUCAGGUGCUGACCAUAUCAUCACUAUGGACUUGCACGCCUCACAGAUACAGGGAUUCUUUGAUAUCCCUGUUGAUAACUUGUAUGCAGAGCCAGCUGUGCUGAAGUGGAUCAAAGAGAACAUCCCUGAAUGGAAAAACUGCACCAUCGUCUCACCCGAUGCAGGAGGAGCCAAGAGGGUCACCUCAAUAGCAGACAGGUUGAAUGUGGACUUUGCCCUUAUUCACAAGGAGAGGAAAAAGGCAAAUGAGGUGGACCGCAUGGUUCUCGUCGGAGAUGUGACGGAUCGGGUCGCCAUUCUAGUGGAUGACAUGGCCGACACGUGUGGCACAGUCUGUCAUGCUGCUGACAAAUUAAUUUCUGCUGGUGCCACCAAGGUGUAUGCCAUUCUAACCCAUGGCAUCUUCUCUGGCCCAGCUAUCUCGCGCAUCAACAAUGCCUGCUUUGAAGCUGUGGUGGUCACCAAUACAAUCCCUCAGGAGGAGAAGAUGAAGCAUUGUCCCAAAAUACAGGUUAUUGACAUUUCCAUGAUCCUUGCAGAGGCCAUCCGUAGAACUCACAACGGCGAGUCUGUGUCAUACCUGUUCAGCCAUGUCCCCUUGUAACAAAUGGUGCCGCCCAUCUACUGUGUGCUGUUACACCAAAUAAGAGAAGAGGGAAUUCCCCCAACCCAAACACAACCAUUAGCAAAGAUUUGCUAACUGUGAAAACAAAAACAAGAAUGAACUGUCAUGUCUGUUACUAAUGCUGACCCCCCUCACUUGAUUCCCUUCCCUCUUGAGCAGCGUCCCUUCAUGUCUGGGCACCAAAGCAAUCGCAAGCUACCAAUUUAGGCCAGCAUAUUUAUUGUACUUGGUUAAAUAAGUGUUUAUCCACUGUCAACUUUGUACUCCCUUUCAUAACAUGUAUGCCAUUUUUCCACCACAUGGUACAGCUCAACUCUACUCGCUCUUUUUUGGUUUUCCAUUGGCAAAAGGUGUGGAUAGUACCGGGUACUUUUUUUGGUACUACCUUGGUCCAUAGUUCCAAGCAAGCUGAGGCAAAACCAGAAGGUGGAGUUAAAAUACUGCAGACCACCGAUUGGUAAGAGAGAAUCGUCACUAGUGCGACAUCCUACGCAUACCCUUGUUCUUUUUAAAUAGGCAAGCUUCCAUCAGUAGCGAUCGCAAUAAUUUUUAUUCACUCGACCCAGAUUAAAAAAAAAAAAAAAUUGCAGCCCACAAAACUAUGCGGUACAAUUGACUUAGUGCAAACAUUCUUCUGUUUGGUUGCUGAUAAAAGGAUUCAGUAAGUCUGGCGUCCAUAUCCUCAGUGGAAAACGAAGAGAGAGAAGUCCUGGUACCAAAACGUGAGCAGAGCUGUAUCAUACAGUGGAAACAUGGCAUUGGGUACAGAGUUUCUCCUGACCAUUUGACCUCUCCAGGAGUCAUUUCAAUCUGUUGUCAAAGAGCUUGUAUAAAUAUCCCUGGCAGGUUCCAGUGGUCAGGAGACGCAUCUGCCAUGUAAAGCUGUUACAGUGCUUUUUUGUUACAAUGAAUGAGUUUAGUUUUUCAUGUUGCUCCUGUGUCAUCUGCUGUUUGAAAGAUUAUAAUUAAUGAAGUGAAUGUGUAUUGGACUAGUUUACAGUGCCACUGAAGCUCCACUCAACCCAAGAGUGCCUCAGCAGUCUGAAAUGGAAUGUUUUUUUUUUUCCUCCGGUCAUCUCCUCCCCCUCCUAUUUAGCGGUUUUUAAUUUUCUCACUGGAUGAAGAACUUUUUACAUUUCUUAUCAGGCUGUAAAAGAUGUUAUAGGAUGUUUCUUUCAACUCUUGAGGUUCCCUCCAUUGAGUGGGGUCUACCCAGUGUCCAGGGUUUACCCUUUUUUAGGUUCUGUGCUGAAGGUCUUUCUAUAGAGAAACUGUCAGGUUUUUAGUUUGGUGUCUCUGCAGGCUGGAGCUUCCUUUAGAAAUGUUCACCUGCUAAUUUUCAUCAUUUAUUGUAUGUCUGGAGGAAGGAUUUGUUAAUAAUUUGCAUAUUCCAAACCUUUUGUGUUUACUUUUUCAGUAGGGUGAAUGCGCCGGUUAUCUGAGGAUGUGUUCUUAAUAAAAUUAAUAAUCCUUAAAAUCUAAAA